CAAACAAACGUGUCCCGUGCGGAAUCAUUUUUCUGCGAUCGAUAAAAAUACUCAAAAAUGCCUGGUAAAAAGCGGGGGAUGGCGGCAAACACAGCACGUCCAAAACCUCACCGGGUUUCCAUGGUGAACGUGACCCACCAUGUACACGCGUGUGCACCAAACAAAAAUCAAAGUAAUCACUGCUGUUUUUUGGUGAAGACAAGAGCUUGCCGGUCGACCGGUCAUGGAUGUACACGACCAAGAACUACUUUUGGCCGUUCUUCCGAUCAUUGUUUUCGAGUUUCUUUGGGACGAUGAUGAUGAGGCCGAGGAGGAUAUUCUUGUACCGCUGCUCCUCGCCAUUCUUGGGCUGAGGGAGAAAAGGGACUCCGUUCCACGCAUCGCGAACUAUACGGAAUUAACAGUGACAUUAUUCAAUGAUAUGGACUUCCACGAGCAUUUCCGCAUGAGACGCGGCCCGUUCGAACUCCUCCUGACAGAAAUCUGUGCAAACAGCAACGGUGUUCUGCCUCUCACGCAUAUUGCUGGCGGUCGUGUGCCUACAACUCCAACGAAGCACCUGCUCAUUACGCUAUGGAUUUUGGGAAACCAAUGUUGCAUUCGUGAUGUUGCGGACCGAUUUGGUGUCUCCAAAUGGACUGUGUGGACCGUCAUUCGUCGGGUGUGCACCAUCUUGGUGAAUUAUCUUGCACCAAAGUUCAUAAAAUGGCCAACAGGGGCACGAGUGAAGACAGUUUCGGAAAGUUUUGAAGCGAUUGCAAAACUGCCCGGGGUCAUCGGAUCUAUCGACGGAUCUCAUAUCGAAGUGAAGCCCCCAAGCGACGACAUGGACAGCUAUCGAAAUCGUCUGUCCUACUACAGUAUGGUUCUUCAAGCAGUAUGUGACAGUGAGAUGGUAUUCACAAACUGCUUUGCCGGAUACCCUGGUUCGGUACACGAUGCUCGUGUCCUGCGGAAUUCGGAGCUGGGCCUUGAAGCUGGAGCGCACCAAGCUUUGCUAUUUGCCUCCGAAACCUAUAUCAUUGGCGAUUCUGCCUAUCCGUUGGAGACCUGGCUGAUGGUUCCUUUCAAACAACAAGGUGGUCAUGCAUUUACCUGGCAGCAAGGUGUGUACAACCAUGCCCACGCUGACACAAGGAAGGUUAUCGAGCGAGCCUUUCGCCUGUUGAAGUGCCGUUGGAGGAAGCUACAGAUGAUCGACCUCGACUGUACGGAGUACUACCCGCAGAUCAUUGUGGCAGCGUGUGUGCUGCACAACUUUCGCCGACUCCAUGACAUUGACGAUGUGGCAUUUCUCCAAGCACCAUGCGAGAACGCUGGGGCAGCCAACAACCCUGCUCCCCUUGAUGCACCUGUAUUUGCUGCAGAACAGGCUUCUCAGCAGCGACGUCAACAGCUCGUCACCUACCUCUCAUCAUGACCAUUGGAGUCAUGAUACGUGAUGUUCGUCUCAAUCGUCGGACCUACUCCAAUGCUUUGGUGCCUUUUUCGCUCUUGCAGCAUAAUUCUCACCAACCUGGCUUUGUGUUUCUCUUUUCUUAUGCGGUGCCAAGUGAUGGUUGCUUUUCCGAAGCCCUA